UGAUGAACGCAUUGGGCCUAAAGCCAAUCCAAUGAGGAAAAGCGGUAAAACAUGAGUCAGCAGGCCGGAUUUGGGCAUCAUCUCAAACUGUUGAGACCUUCACAAAGGACCAGUAACACGAGAGAGAGAGCGCUUUCAGGUUCUAUAAAUUUCCCAAAGUCGUCUCUCCGCCUCAUAGUCAUAUCCCAUCGGUGUCCAAAAUCUGCUAGUUUCAUCUUUUCAUCAAGAAGACGGUGACGAGAAAUGGGCGUGGGAGGCGCUUCUUCCAAGCUAAGGAAAGCUGCCAAGAAAAUAGUGAUGGCUGCAUGUGGUUCCUUCUCUUCCGCUCCUCCUCUUCUUCAUCCGCCUAGCUCGCCAGGAUCUACAGGCACUGCGAAGCCUCUCUCCCAGAAUGCACCGAAUGAGAAAGCAGACUGCAGGGGCAUCACCGUUCCCACUUCCAAGCAGAACUUGUGCGCAAUUUGUCUAGAAGCUCUGGACAACAGCCGUGGAGAAGGUAUAUUCAAGGGGCAAUGCUCUCACUCGUUCCACUUGUCGUGCGUUGUUGCCAAUGUGCGGCAUGGAAGUGUAACUUGCCCCGUGUGCAGGGCACACUGGACGCAGCUCCCCCGCAACGUUAAACUGCCGCCUACUGAAAAGGAUCCCGUUUUCCGUAUCCUUGAUGACUCCAUCGCCAAUUUCCGUGUCCAUAGGCGCUCUGCUCGCUACGAUGAUGAUGAUCCUAUUGACCCUCAUCAUCGCUCCAAUCAUCCUUGUCUUGAUCUCUCUUUAGUACCCAUUGCCCCCUCCUUAGUUUCAUAUCCGCACCGAGCUGCAUUUCAACAAAUGGGUCGAACUGCCUUCCUAACCCAUUAUCUCCCAUGGCCAGAAGAUGGCCAGUGUUUGUUCGCCUUUCUUUCAGUGAAACUGACAAAUCCCCAGCCCAUUGACUUGGUGUUGGUGACAAGCCCCAACGGGCCACAUUUGAGGCUCCUCAAACAGGCUAUGGCAUUGGUGGCUUUCUCCCUUCGCCCAGUUGAUCGUUUAGCCAUAGUGACAUGCUCACGAGUUUUUUCUCUGAGACGCAUGACUUCCUCUGGGAAGCGCAUGGCUCUGCAAGUAAUUGAUCGCCUCUUCUAUAUGGGAGAAGCCGAACCAUCCGAGGGCUUGAGGAAGGGUAGCAAAAUACUUGAAGAUCGCACAUUCAAGAAUCCCCGGUGCAGCAUUCUACAUCUCUGUGACACCCCAGCAAGACCAUAUUAUCCCGACAACAUGAUGCAGACCCGUGUCAUAGUUCAUAAGUUUCAUGUGGUUUCAAAUGAUUUUGUGAUGCGGGAGUUUGAAGAGUUCCUAGGAAAGGUGUUGGGAGCCAUAGCGGAUGACAUCCAACUGAGAAUUGGGGAGGAAGCCAAGAUCGUUAAGAUAGGUAGACUGAGAGGAGGUGAGGAGAGGCGUAUAUUACUAGAGCUCGGGGGGGAGCAUGUAGUAGAUGUACCUGUGGGGUACAGCUUUGUUGAAGGAGAGACUGCAGAAUGUAUCAGGAGAAGAGGAGAGACAAUGGUGAGCUUUGGUGACAAGGAAGAUUCCAAAAUUGAUGAAUUUACGAGCUUCACCUGUGGAAGAACAAGCAUCAGCGCACAAUCUUGGGACUACCACGACCAUUUUAUGGCUAGAAGGUGGGCGAAGCGAUUGCAUGGUUAUAGGUUUUGAAUUAUGAUUCUUUUGUUGUUGCAUGAAUGCUACAUUUGGCUUCUUUUCAGAUUAGCUUCAGCGAUGUGUAUUUUGGCAUUCCAGACUGUUUCUAUAUUAUCUACCAUGAGUCCUUCCAUUUUGGCAUCUUCAGUGCCUGAAGGUUUUACUGUAAUCCAUAAUGUCAUAUUUGUGCAGCUACACUUGCUCACAUCGAAGACAAUUUCUACUUUGAACUGCGAAUCCAUCAUGUUUCUAUGGCAUCCUCCAGCAGAUUCUGAAAAAGAUUGCUCAUUCCAGACAUCAAUAGACUUGUUAAAUCAACCAUUUUUCCCUCCUUGGCAUUACACAACAAAAGGGUGCUACGUUGCAUGUCCGAUGCAUUUGCCUAUCUGAAACACUAAGCGAAUACCAAUGGUCAUCAGAAGUCAAUAUAAGCGUGGAAAGGGCUCCAAAAUAGUUCCUUUUAGAUUCAAUGGUGAUUCCGGAGGAGAAAAUGGAGCCAGCUGUCUUUGACGAUGGUGGUCGAUCGGCUCGAUGUCAAAUGGGUUGGAAUGCACUUGGAAUCACAAGGGAAGAGAUGUAAGUUCUUGCUUUUUGCUGUAACUCAUGGCACUUCUGCCUAAGAUGUAGAAAAGGUGAUUGGAUUAAGCAACCAGAGUUGAUCAGUUUGGUGUGAGCAAGAGAGGUUUCAAACUGUAGAUUCAAAUCCUCUGAAAUGUGGUAUGGAGUGAGACCUUAUGUUUCCACUUAUAGAUGAAAACUCAUUUCUUCUCAGGUGAAGUCGGGGUAUUGAAAGUUGUUGUUACU